ACGCCUGCCUGAUCGAAUCAAAAGUAUUUUGUUGCCAUAGUUCGUACCGAAACGCGAAAAAAACAACUUAAUGUGCUUACCCGUUCCCCACAAUCUAAUCAAUCAGCAUAUUAUUAAAACACUACAAUUUGUGACCGUCCAAAAGUCAUCGGCCAGCCCUGGGGGAGUUUCCAAGUGAUCGAAGUCAUUAAAAACAUUAGGAAAAAAGUGUCUGUAUUAGAAGAUGUCACUUCGCGGCCUCACCAGUGCAGCUAAAUUCCUGAGCAAGGGUCUGACCAGUCCCAGUCGAGCGAUCUCGGUCACUUCUCGGAACCUAUCCCACUAUCCGAUUGACGAAAGCAUCUUCGGACUGACUGAGGAACAGCAACAGCUACGUCAGACGGUGUUCAAUUUUGCCCAGAAAGAACUGGCACCGUUCGCUCAGGAAAUUGACAAGCAGAAUGAGUUCAAAGACCUCCGAAACUUUUGGCGCAAAAUGGGCGACUUGGGUUUGCUCGGACCAACGGUGAAACCUGACUAUGGAGGCCUAGGCGGAUCCUAUCUAGAUCACUGCAUUAUCAACGAAGAAAUUUCGCGUGCUUCCGGAGCGAUUGCGCUGUCCUAUGGGGCCCACUCGAACCUGUGCGUCAACCAGAUUCACCGAAACGGAACUGAAGACCAGAAACAUGUCUAUCUGCCGAAAUUGAUCAACGGAGAACACAUCGGAGCGUUGGCCAUGUCCGAACCCGGAUCCGGAAGUGAUGUCGUUUCGAUGAAAACUCGUGCCGAAAAGAAAGGCGAUUAUUACGUUCUGAAUGGAAAUAAAUUUUGGAUUACCAACGGACCGGAUGCGGAUGUCUACAUCAUCUACGCCAAAACGGACCUCUCGGCAAAGCCUCAACAUGGCAUCACGGCUUUCAUUGUUGAAAGAGAUGCCCCGGGAUUCUCUCAAGGUCCCAAACUGGACAAACUGGGAAUUCGUGGCAGUGGAACAUGCGAGCUCAUCUUCGAAGACGUCAAAGUGCCAGCUAAGAACAUGCUGGGUGCACUGAAUAAGGGUGUUUAUGUACUGAUGUCCGGAUUGGAUUACGAACGGUUGGUUCUUGCUGCUGCACCUGUUGGUCUGAUGCAAGCUGCCUGUGACGUUGCCUUCGACUAUGCCCACAGCCGGAAACAGUUCAACCAAAGAAUCGGAGAAUUCCAGCUUCUUCAAGGUAAAAUGGCCGACAUGUAUACGACCAUGAACGCCUGCCGGGCCUAUCUGUAUUCGGUAGCUCGUUCGUGCGAUGCGGGAAAAGCCAAUCCGAAAGAUUGUGCCGGAGUUAUUCUGUACUGUGCAGAGAAGGCUACCCAGGUGGCACUGGAUGCCAUUCAGAUACUGGGAGGAAAUGGCUACAUCAACGACUAUCCGGCCGGAAGGAUUAUGCGCGAUGCAAAGCUGUACGAAAUCGGUGCCGGUACUUCGGAAAUCCGUCGCAUGAUUAUUGGACGCGCCCUCAACAACGAAUACAAGUGAAACGGUGAUGUUGCAAGGGGAAGGAAUAACUGGUGAUGAACACUAAAAAGGACUCAUAAAUCCACUGAGAGUGGUUUGUAACUAAUGUGCAUUUAAAUACCUGUGUCAUUAUAUAGGUACAUUCAUGAGAAAAAAAACUGUUUUAAACAAUAAAGAUUUUUGUAAUACAAAUAAAAUUCAUUCUUCUAGCGA